AUGGUGCCGAUUGCCCCGGCUCCAGACAGAAAAUAUUUAACCUUGGAUGUACAAGUUGAUAAGAAGAAAUACAAUUACAAAAAUAACCUACACUCCGGUUCUCAAGUGGCUUCAAUUGCAAGGAGGAAUGCCCGUGAAAGAAAUCGUGUGAAGCAAGUGAACGACGGAUUCAAUGCUCUGAGGAAACGUUUGCCAGCCGCUGUCAUUGGGGCGUUAUCUGGCGGUGCGCGUCGUGGAUCCGGGAAGAAACUCAGUAAAGUUGAUACACUCAGGAUGGUAGUGGAAUACAUAAAAUAUUUGCAGAACUUGAUCAAUGAAAGCGAUGCUACCCUUGGAAUUACUAGACCUGUUCAAUCUCAAAUGGCGUGUGAAGGUGACGAAGGUAUCUUUGGUGACAGUUCUCCGUACACAGAAUCAGUGCCCUCGCCCGGUGAUUCAGAUUGUUCUUCUGGAGUAUCUUCGGCGUAUUCAAGUAGUAAUUGUCCAAAUAACUAUAAAACACAUGAACAACAAGUAAGUCAAGUGGAUGAAGAUGGGUUACUAGAUGCUGUUGCCUGGUGGUAA